AUGAUCCAGAUCACCGCACUCCUCCAGCUCUUCCUCGCUGCCCUCGCCUUUGCGGCGCCUAUUGCUGACGAGACGCUGACAACGACCACUGCCACCCCUUGGCAAUAUGGCACUGGCGGCGGCAUCAUCGGAGUGAUCGUCCUCAUCCUCGACAUUCUCGUCUGGAUCGAGGUGCUCAAGUCCAACCGGCCCCCCAGCCACAAGCUCCUCUGGUGCCUCAUCGUCUUCCUCUUCCCCAUUGUCGGCAUGGUCAUCUACUUCCUCUUCUCGAACCGCUCUGCCCACAACAGCGGCGGCUCCUAUGAGCCCAUCCCCUAG